CUAUUUGGCAGACCGACAUCUAUCGUUUGCCAGUGUUGUAGCGAGGCCGGGAGCCUGCUCCCUCAGCCUGCCACGAUUGGUCUUGCUUUCUCCACGGACAGACAACGUGCGAGCCCGGAACGCAAAUCAACCAGACAGAGAAGCUGGGUUAGAUUCUCCAAUAUAGGUAUUUCACGCGAACAGUUGGUUGCCAAGGAAUCCGCCAUUGCUAUCUUGGUUCAGGGUGAACACGCUGCUUGAUGGUAUACGUCGAUACCAGUCCAGGCAUCGGAACUAACCGCUUUUAGCCGUGGCAAGGUAUAUAGAAGAGGAUAUCGUGCAGUAGAUGGACGCAAAUGUGGGAAUAAUCACUGAAGAGAUUUCCUACACGUUGCUGACAUCUUAUCUGACCCUGACCACCAACAUGUAGCCACAAGAUGUACAUCUUCGACGAGAACAACUUAGCCCUGUGUGCCAUCGUGACAGUGAGCAUGCAGUUGGUUUUCUUCUUCCUUGCCUGUACCUUCCAGUUCACCAAGCUCACCGACAUCGCGGGAGGAGUCAACUUCGCCAUCAUUGCUAUUUUGACGUUUCUUCUGGCACAGACGUACACGACCCGGCAAGUGAUGGUCACCGCGUUUGUUUGGGGCUGGGGACUACGUCUUUCUUGUUACCUCCUGUACCGAAUAUGCAAAAUAGGCGAGGACACCCGCUUUGAGGAGAAGGGGAGUCGAUGGUCGAAAUAUGCAGGAUUCUGGACCUUUCAGGCGAUUUGGGUGUUUUCCGUGAGUCUACCAGUAAUCUUCACAAAUGCGCAGCGGAGUGCAUUCAAACUCGACCCAAGGGAGUUCACCGACCUGGAUAUCGCCGGAGCAGUGAUCUACACCGUGGGUCUCGUGUGUGAAGCUUCCGCUGAUAUGCAGAAGUUCAACUUCAGAGACAAUCCGGCCAACAAUGGCAGGUGGUGUGAUUUUGGUCUGUGGCGCUGGUCGCGACAUCCCAACUAUUUUGGCGAGAUGUUGGUGUGGUGGGGCAUCUUCAUCAUCAGCACUAACAUCCUCACCAAUGGUCAAUGGGCGGCGAUCGUCAGCCCCGUGUUCACUACCCUCAUACUGCUCUUCCUCAGUGGUAUUCCUCUGCUAGAGAAGAAACACGAUGAGAUUUAUGGACGGUGUAAGGACUACCUGGAUUACAAGAUGUCCACCAGCCCUCUCAUCCCCCUUCCCCCUCAGAUCUAUAAACGGCUGCCCCUUUGUCUGAAAUGUGUCAUGUGCUGUGAAUUCCCCUUCUACGACUUCUUAGACUCAGAUGAGGAGAAUGAGAUCAAACCUACGGAAACCCUCAAUGCAAAUGACGCGCACAGUUCAAAUCCUGGCACAUCCGAAUGCUCAAAUGCCGGCCCGUCGGACAUCUCAAACCCGGCCACCUCAGAAACGGUCGCAUCAAAUCUAUAUUCAGAACAUUCAAAUCCUGGUCCAUCGAAUUACAAUCAUAAUCACGGACCAGCACAGACGGUGACUUCUGGACAUGCGCAUUUGAUUCCUGCGCACGCUCUGCAUAAUAACUAUACGCUGAGUAGCUCGACUUUCUCGAACAAUUUCUCAUAUACUGGUACGGGUACGUUAGCACCAACGAACAAUGGUCCUCACAGUUCGCUUAAGACAAAACUGUUAGCCAACCCACUGACGACGGACUUAUAAGAGGUUGGUUGGAGCUAGGGCGUCGAGAGUGCGAACCCUCACACCGUUUAGGAGAUAGCCGCACGUUCAAUGACCGCUGAGGGGAUGCUGCUCGGAGGCCACAUAUCAUAUCAUUUUCUUGCCAAUCUUUAAAAUCUUUGUGGAGUAAAUGCAGAUACCAAUUCAUCUACAUCUUUUGUCUUACCUCUAAACAUGUUAAAUUGUCGGAAAUGCAGUUGCCAAGACUGGCUGGAAGCCUGCUGCGUUAUUUAUCUCACGAAAUGACUUCCCACAGCUGCAAUCACCCCUUCACAUCAGUAUUCUUGUCCUCGGACCGUAGGCAAUGGAGUUUUGAUUCACAGGGAUUGCGCAAGGCUUUGCGUGAGGAAAGUUUAAGCAUUUGUACGCUACUUGACUUUUAUAGCUGUUUUAGCUGUUGUAUGGUUUCUUUAUCCAUUUCACCCGGAAUCGAAUGUGCCAAAUCGCCUAUGGAUAUGAAUGUUCCAAUGAAUGUCAUACGAUGCUGUUGUAGUUUUCUAUCUAAAAUAUUGUGUAAUUAACUUAUUAAGAUGGAAGUGUACAGAGAACGUCUUGUUUGAGCUAUUCCCAUAGAAUUAGAUGAGCAGGUGCGAUGACGGGAACGAGGUUGUCAGUCCAGGCCGUGAGUAACGGUAACCGGCUUCGUCUUUGUGAUCAGUAAUAGCCGUCAUGUAUGAAAAAGAUAUUUUGGGGACUGCUCUUCCGGUUUAUACCGUAUUUUAUCCAAUGUUACGAAAGCGGAUGUAUUUGAUGGUGCUAUUGAGUCUGGUUGUGCGAAUAUCAUGUGUCUAUUGUGAAA